AUGGGGAAUGCCACCAGCAGCGCGAUAUCUAAGGAGAUCCUGGAGGACCUGAAGCUCAGCACCAAGUUCACGGAGAACGAGAUCUGCCAGUGGUACGAGAACUUCCAGAAGCAAUGUCCGACGGGACGCAUCACGCCGGAGGAGUUCGAGCAGAUCUACGAGCGCUUCUUCCCCGAGAGCGACGCCAAGAGCUACGCCCGUCACGUCUUCCGCUCCUUCGACACCAACGAUGACGGCACGCUGGACUUCAAGGAGUACAUCAUCGCGCUGCACAUGACCUCCACCGGCAAGACCACCCGCAAGCUGGAGUGGGCCUUCUCGCUGUUCGACGUCGACAAGAACGGCUACAUCAACAAGACGGAGGUGACCGAGAUCUGCCAGGCCAUAUUUAAGCUGAUCCCUAAGGAGGAGCAGAGCAAACUACCGGAGGACGAGAACACACCCGAGAAGAGGGCCAACAAACUGUGGGCGUACUUCGAGAAGAAGGACAACGAGCGACUGGCCGAAGGAGAGUUCAUCAAAGGGGUGAUAGAGAACGAGAAUGCGAUGCGUCUUAUCCACUACGAACCAAUGAAACAAUAGAGUCACUCCCAUUUAUCCCCUUCUGUCUUUUAUGAGUUCCUCUCUCGUAAACCCUCAGACGCUUCCUCCUCUAAUCCCUCCGUGUAAAUACUCAUCCUGCAGUGUCUUGGUCGCAACUAACUUUUCAGGAAGUUUACGUCAUUUUGUUUUUCUCUUUGUCGAUGCAUUUAUAUUGAGCUAGAGGCCGGUAGAGGCAAAUUAUAGCGUUUCAAAUUACAAGACAGCCAAAAAAAACAGGAGAUUUAUAGUGUGUUUAUGUAUGUAUAUUAGGAGUCAAAGGAUAUCUGAUAUCCAGCAUCUGUUUUGGAAAAAUGAUUCCUGAUUAAAUAAAUUAAUUUGGCUGAAGCUUCCUGAUUCUCUCUGAGGUCUGCUCUGAUUGGUUAAACGUCACCAGGAACAGCCAAUCAGCAUUGAGGGAUAAAUGAUGCUAAGUUCUCUUUUAAUUUAACAGAUAAAAUGUAAACAAACAAAUCCUGUGAAUAUAUAUUGGUGCUAAAUAUCAGUUACUGGUAUAUGUAUGUAUAGAUAUACUGACUUCUAAUAUACAUAUUUAUAUUUAUAGUUUUA